UUAAGCGGUUCCCUUGCUGCUUUCUGGCCCUCCGUGGAUGCAUCGGGUUACCCUUUACCGGAAAUCUGCCCCGAUGAGAGACCCUGGACGCGCUGCACCUGCGCAGCCCGGUGCCGCCAACGUGGGGUGAAUCCUUCGAAUUUGAAGUUGCUGUGCCGGGUUUCCCGGUGUGUUGCGACGCCGGCCUCAUCUCCUGCCAGAAUUGGUCUGGUAAACGCCAGAUCAGUGGCGAACAAAACAUUUCCACUCAGGGAUUUCUUCGAGUCACGCUGUCUGGACUUCCUGUGCUUAACUGAGACGUGGCUCGGUGCCGCUUGUGAGCGUGAGCAGUGCAACAAUGCCUUUGGGCGCCUGCCCUGCAGGAUGCCCGGCCAUAGAACCGACAAGGCUCCAUCCACGUGGACAGGUCGGUGCUCCUGGACCUUUGUCGCCCCAGCAGCUCAGCAGGGUACCUGACAGGUCAUUGUCCUUGCUGUCCCUUUUUAUAUGUCUCUGUCAGGAGGGACAGAAAAAAAUAAAGUCAGUACGAUAUCUUCACGUCUGAACCCUUGGAUGGGGUCACUUGACAGAGGAUUUUUUUUCCCCCCCUGUUCUUUUUUUUUUUUUUUUUGAAUAAGACUUGCUUCUUGGUCAGAUGGCUGCUGUAAUACAAUCCAGACGCAAGCCACAAUGACGGAGGAGGAUGGAGGUGGUGUUGUGUGCCAUAGUCUUGGCAGGGGAUCUAGAAGGGGACCUUCAGGACGGGAAAUGCAUGUGGAACUUCUUCAGAUUUUAGUUAAAAAGCUUCCAAGAGCAACAUGAGCUGGAGCUUCCUCACUCGUCUGCUGGAAGAGAUCCACAACCACUCCACCUUUGUGGGCAAAGUGUGGCUGACCGUGCUCAUCAUCUUCCGCAUCGUCCUCACGGCGGUCGGAGGCGAGUCCAUCUACUCGGAUGAGCAGACCAAGUUCACCUGCAACACUAAGCAGCCCGGCUGCGACAACGUGUGCUACGAUGCCUUCGCGCCCCUCUCGCAUGUACGCUUCUGGGUUUUCCAGAUCAUCAUGAUCUCCACGCCGUCCAUCAUGUACAUGGGCUACGCCAUACACAAGAUAGCCCGCACUUCGGAGGAGGAGCGGCGCAGGAACCACAGGAUCCGCAAAAAGCCUGCUCCUCACUCUAGGUGGAGGGAAAGCCACCAUCUGGAGGACAUCUUGGAAGGAGAUGACGAUGCAGAGCCUAUGAUCUAUGAAGACACACUGGAGGGUCAGGAGGUCAAGGCAGAGUUGGGAAACAGCAAUUGCAAUGAGGCGCCAAAGCACGAUGGUCGGCGUAGAAUUAUGCAAGAGGGGCUGAUGCGGAUCUACGUUCUUCAACUCAUGUCACGAGCGAUCUUUGAAAUCGCUUUCCUUGCAGGACAGUACCUCCUGUAUGGAUUCCGAGUUAGUCCUUCAUUUGUGUGCAACAGGAUCCCCUGUCCACACCGAGUGGACUGUUUCAUUUCCAGGCCCACCGAAAAAACAAUCUUCUUGAUCAUCAUGUACGUGGUAAGCUGCCUCUGCCUUAUGCUUAACGUGUGCGAGAUGCUCCACUUGGGAAUCGGCACUUUCCGAGACAUCCUGCGCCUGAAGAGGAGGCAUGGUCGGCGGACCUGCGGCUACCCGUUCUCCCGCAACAUUCCCGCCUCCCCUCCCGGGUACAACUUGGUCAUUAAGACGGACAAACCCAGCAGGAUGCCCAACAGCCUCAUCACUCAUGAGCAGAACAUGGGCAACGUGUCCCAGGAGCAGCAGUGCACCAGCCCGGAUGAGAAUAUCCCAUCAGAUCUGGCGAGCCUUCACCGCCACCUGAGGGUUGCCCAGGAGCAGCUGGAUAUGGCCUUUCAGACGUACCAAACUAAGAACCCUCAGCAGACCUCCAGAACCAGCAGUCCUGUGUCUGGGGGGACUAUGAUGGAGCAAAACCGAGUCAACACUGUCCAGGAGAAGCAGGGAGCUAGGCCCAAGUCAGCCACAGAGAAGGCUGCUACAAUUGUUAAAAACGGAAAAACCUCAGUCUGGAUUUAGAAAUAAAAGUGUAAUUUAUUAGCAAAGAUCUAAGACUAAGUGACUACACAGUGACACAGCUGGAAGAUCUAUGGGGUGGACUACAAUCAGACAAAUACAAAGAUUAUAGAACAUAGCGGACAAACAAAAAAUACACAAACUUUUGAGAGUCAUCUUUGUUACUGUCUAUUGUCCUUUUUGUGCUUUCCACCAUUAACGUAGUAGGCCUCACUAGUAACCAGAUCUCUAAUUGAACUAAAUCGUCAUCACAGAAACAAGAGCGUUCUGAUCUAUUUAUCUGAUCUACCCUUGAUUGCUGCUGAACUGGAUUUAUUGGCUGACUUCUCAGGAAGGAUGACUGUUGAUUGUUGUUGGGAAAAAAAUUAUAUAUUUAAUAUAAAAGGAUAGUAUAUGGAUGUAGUAUGGAAAGGUGUUGCUAGACGCAGGUUGAACUGUGAAAUAUUUUGAUAGAGCAACAAUCUGUUCCUCUAUGUGAUUUCCAGCCAUUGCAUGCUAUCCUGUUUAUUCCCCAAAAUUACUUCUUAUAAAGAAGGAAAGCUUCUUUUCUAUAAUACUGACUUUUUGUUAUCUGAAGACGAUGCAUGCGUUACAUAGGUUACAAAAGAAACCCCACCUUUACUGAUUAAACUAUGCAUUUAACUCACGUUUAGGCAUGUUACUUCUUUGAAAAUGUGUGUUUUAGUAUUUUCAAAAUAGGUUUUAAGAAUUUAAUCUUGCCUUUAUUGUUCAUGAAAGUGCCUUACACUUUAAAAGACUGUUCUUGUAUUUGAUUGAUGAGAAAAUAAAGUUAUUCUGAAGCUCUGUGAU